GUCUGUCUUGCAUGCAUCGGCACUGGCAGUCCCGUGGGCUAAAACUUUGAUUAUAAGACUGUCUCUGUUGCUCUAUUCUGUAUCUGAGCGAAAACGGACAUUUUGCCUCCAUCCAGGAUUGGAGUAACCAUGACCAAACUCUAGUCUAGAUAAAGAAACAAAAUCAGUUUGUUUGUUUACCUUUUUCUCUCCCAUGUCAUUACCACUUAGCAAUUAACAUGGGUGUAAACAUAAGCUAGAAACAUUCCUGUCUAGAAGCCGGGGGUAGCGAGAAUUGUAUUGGACAGACAGGCCUGUAUACUUACAGAUGGAUGGACAGAGUAUACAGACAGAUGGACGUACACACUGAUGUGUGUUUCCCCCGCUCUCCCUGACCUGUCCACUCUGACUCCAGAGAGAGCCCAUGGAUGGAAUUAUCUGUUGUGCUCUACAGACCACGCCUUUACGCCCAACACUCAUAACAUACCUUAUAACCACACCUUAUAACCCCAGACUACCCAUGGGCCUCUGAACUACUUCUCUGCUGAUGAACAAGCACAUUGACUAGUGUAGUUGGACACAGUGGAUUGAUUAUUAACUCCUAAAGGGGCAAGGUUUGGGAAUGGCUGGAGGAGAUAGCGGUCCGGAAGGUGAGGAACCCUCAUCACCCCCGACGACUGGGGAGGGAGGUGGGAAGGGGGAUGUGUUUCCAGGAAAACAAGGAGAUGGGGAAGGGGUGAGGGAGGAGAGGUUAGGGGGAGAGGAGAGUGGUGGAGAGCCCUCUGGCGGAGAGGUGGGGCAGGAAGACGAGGAGAUGGCCAGUGGAACACAUGACCUCUCCGCCUCGGUCAAUCACAGCCCUCGCAGCAACAGUGGCUCCACAUCAACCAAGAGUUCUAAGUCUUAUACUGGCUCGUUCUCCUGUAGUCUCCACAGCUCCCUCUCUGGACAGGCAGGCCAACACAUGGAGGGUAGCGCCUGUGAGCAGACUGAUGCAGGUCGGGGGCAGGCUCACAGGGAAAUGAUGGUGACAGUAGCUGAGAUGAAGAAGACUGUUCCGUCAGACAAAUGCAGUCGCAGUAAAGCCAGCACUGUGGAGGCGCUACACUACGCACUCAACUGUGUCAAACAAGUCCAAUCCAACAGUGAGUACUACAAGCUGCUACUGCGUAACAGCCAGGAGGAGAGACCAGACUCCACGUCCUGUAGAUUAGAGGAGCUGAAGAGAGUCACCUCUGAACACACCUUCAAAAACACGGACUCGUUCUUGGUGGUGUUUUCCCUGGCGAGCGGGUGCGUGAUGUACGCCUCGGAGCAGGCUCCCAGCAUCCUUUGCUGUAAGAAGAAGUUCCUGGACUCGGCUAAGUUUGUGGAGCUGCUGUUCCACCAGGACGUCAACGUGUUCUACUCACACACCGCCCAGCCACACCUACCACCCUGGAGCAGCUCACACAGUGCGGCAGUUCUGUUUGAGUGUGCCCAGGUCAAGUCCUUCUUCUGCAGGAUCAGGGGUGGUAAGGACCGUGAGGGGGAGAUGCGCUACAACCCGUUCAAGAUCACUCCCUACCCGCUGAAGGUGCAAGGAGGCGGAGCUUUAGGAGAGGAGGAGGAGUUGUGUUGUCUGGCGCUGGCUGAACGCAUCAUCUCAGGAUAUGAGGCUCCCCGUAUCCCCAUGGACAAAAGCAUCUUCACCACCACACACUCCCCGGGCUGUGUGUUCCUGGAGGUGGACGAUCGAGCUGUGCCGUUGCUAGGAUACCUGCCUCAGGAUCUGAUUGGCACGUCGUUGCUGACCUGUAUUCACCCGAAUGACCGCCCCAUCAUGCUCUCUAUGCACCGCAAGGUGUUGAAGUAUGCGGGCCAGUCUCCAUUUGAACACUCCCCAGUGCGUCUUCGUUGUCAAAACGGAGACUACGUCACCCUGGACACCAGCUGGUCCAGCUACAUCAACCCCUGGAGCCGCAAGGUCACCUUCAUCAUCGGACGACACAAAGUCAGGACGGGCCCUCUGAAUGAAGAUGUGUUUGCUGCUCGGAGUAAAGAGGACCUGCCAAUCAUCCACGAAGAGAUUAAAAACCUGCAGGCCAAGAUCUACAAGCUCUUCCUGCAGCCGGUCCAUAAUAAUGGCUCCAGUGGUUAUGGCAGUCUGGGCAGUAACGGUUCCCAUGAGCACUACAUCAGUGUGGCUUCCUCUAGCGACAGCAAUGGCAACCUGUGGGAGGACUCACACCAUGAAUCGCAGAUCUGUGCUGAUGUGAACAAGGUGAAGAGUUGGGGCCAGCAGGCAUACUUGGAAUCCAGCCACAUACUCACCCCCUUUGGGAAAUCUGCCACAGUGCCCCUCCCCCACGCCAGGGCUGAGGUCAGAGGGCACGAGGAGACCAGGAAGCAAGCGCACAUUCCGUCCUAUCAGCAGAUCAACUCUGUGGACAGCAUCAUCAGGUAUCUGGAGGGCUGUGGUCCAGCCCUGAAGCGUAAGAGCAAGUCUCGCUCCAUCGGCACAUCUUCCUCCUCCUCCUCCUCAGAGGAUGACAAACCCACCACAGACCCACACACUGCCCAGGCCAGCUCCAAUGUUGUGGUGCUGGACAAUCAGGUGUCAGUGGGCUCUACAGCAGCAGUGGUGGUGGGAGCUGCUCUCACAGACAUCACUCUGUCUACAAAGGCUAUGAGUGUAGUGUCAGUCACCAGCCAGUGUUCCUACAGCAGCACUAUAGUACACGUUCCCCAGCCAGAGUCAGUGGUGACAGCCCUAGAGGAUGCACCAAUGGGCAGCGAGCCUGCUGACCCCACUCCUGCUCGCGCGGCCCCUAGACCCACCCUUAGCUCUUCUGCCAAGGAGCUGCAAUUGGUGGGUCUGACCAAGGAGGUCCUUUCAGCUCACACUCAGAAGGAGGAGCAGGAGUAUGUGGAUCGCUUCCGCCAUCGCAUCCUCCACAGUCCCUACAGCUCCUAUCUACAGCAAGACAACAGCUCCGGGGUUCAUUCUCACCACCCAGGUGACUACGUGAUACAGCCAGUGAGUGCAGCUGGGUUGAACCGCACUCGGACAGGGAAGCCUAAUAAACAGAAGCGUCCCAAACCCCAAACUUUGUCUGACAGCUACGCCUCCCCACCCGAGCCCCCUCGCCGAGCCCCUCUUGCCCUUCUCGCCCCCUACUCCUCCUGGCCCUCCUCCGAAUCCUCUAACCCCCUUCCCCAGCUGGGGCUGCCCUACCCUCCUAUAUCCCCUCCACAAGCCCCCAUGGGUCACCUCCAGACCCCCCACUUCAUCAUGCUGGGAGGCCAGCCAGGGGUGGACCAAGGGGGAAAACAGCAGCAGGCAUGCGGGGGCCCCAUGGUGCUUCAACCAGACCAGAACCCAAACUCAAUCCCACAGAACUUUCAGCACAACCUACAACAGAACAUUCAGCAGAACCUUCCGCAGAACUUUCAGUUUAUGCAGCCCAUUCAGAACAUGCAGACCCAGUCUAUGCAGUCUGUCCAGAUGCAGUCCAUCCAGUCCAACUUUCCCAGCCAGAACCUUCAGUCCAUUCAGAUACAGAGCAUUCAGGGCUUCCCCAACAUGCAGCCCAUGGCCCCAUCCCAGGGUUUGAACCCUUACAUGGCCCCAAUGAUGGCUGUGAUUCUAGCCAACUACCCCUCUUACCCUUCAGGCUACUCUACCAACUACCCUUCCUACCCUCCAGGCUACCCCACCACAUCUUCUCUGCUGCCCCAGGCCCCCUUCACCAUGUCAGGCUUCGGCCCUGGUCUAGGCCCCUUAGCCCAGCCUCAGCCUAGUUCCCAGCCCCAGACGCCCCCAGGCCAGCUACACUGCUCCCCCAGACCAAGCUCCUCAGUGGGGGAGGAGGCGGCGACUGGGCCCCCGGCUCUGUUCUCCAGCUCUCGCUCCAGUUCCCCACUGCAACUCAACCUGCUGCAGGAGGAGCUGCCCAAACCCAGCGAGGAUCAGAGCAGCACUGGACACACACACGCCCAUGCCGAGAGCCUGCACGAAGCGCACACCAAGGGGAUUGAUGCACCCUGUGAGUCGGGUAACCAUGACGCCCAGUCUACAUCCAGUGAGCUGUUGGACCUGCUGUUGCAGGAAGAUGCCAGGUCAGGUACUGGCUCUAACGCCUCUGGGUCCGGCUUUGGAGAGCCUGGCUCUCUAGGCUCUGGCUCUAAUGGAACAUCCACCUCACACACAGGAAGCAGUAACAGCAGUAAGUACUUUGCCAGUAGCAACUCGUCAGACACGUCUCGCAAAGCCUGUAAGAACCAAGAGACCCAGCAGGAUCACGCACAACACACACAACACGCCUUCAACAUGCGUGCCGAGAACUCCCUGUGGCGCAUGAUCCAGCACAUGCCAGAACCUGUGAUGAUGACCUACCAAAUCCACCCCAGGGACCAGGCAGAGGUGCUGGCUGAGGACAAGGAGAAGCUACAUCUGCUGCGGCCUCUACAGCCCUGGUUCACCCAGGAACAGAGAGAGGAGCUGGCUGAAGUCCACCCCUGGAUCCAACAACACACCGUCCCUCAGAUGUUAGACACACAGGGCUGUGUGAACUGUAGUGCAGGAACAGAGAUUCACCCCCAGGAUCCAGAGAGCUCCUCCCCUUUGGAAGGCCCUCAGCAUGAUUCUAGUCCUGCCCCUGACACCUGAUACGCCCCCAUCUAGGAAACGCAAACCUGCCGCGCCGGGACCCUUAACUCCGCCCACAAGAUAUCUACUGACCAAUUACUAGGAGCUCAGAGAGGCUGUAUCUCAGUGCCCUAGAACAGUGUUUCCCAAACAGUUUUUGGUUUUUGCCCUAGCACUACACAGCUGAUUCAAAUAAUAAACUAAUCAUCAAGCUUUGAUUAUUUGAAUCAGCUGUGUAGUGCUAGGGUAAAAACCAAAACCCAGGGUUGCCAGGUCUAGCAAAAAUGUCUAGCCCAAUGACCUAUCAAAACCACCCACAAGGCCUGAAAACUAGCCCAAAUAUUUUUGGGUGCAGCAAGAGAGGAGUUGCCACAUUCAUCCAAUAAACCCUUUUCCCAUAACGUUAUCAAGCGAAUUAAGAAGGAAUAUCGACGUAAUUUCUAACUAUGUAGGCUAAGAAGCAAAAUGCGGUUUUCCAUCAAAAUAAUAAUUCUGCCGAGUUUAAGAAUAUAUUGCAAGAGAAAUUAUCAUUUGCCCUUAUUAAACUCGACAGAUCAUUUUCCAUCAAUGGAUGUCGAUUUAACUUGUUUUGACUGCUAUGAUUAAGCAAUAAGGUGAGGAGGUGUGGCAUUUGGCCAACAUACCACAGCUAAGGGCUGUUCUUAGGACACAUCCCUUAGCCGUGGUAUAUUGGACAUAUACCACAAACCCCUGAGGUGCCUUAUUGCUAUUAUAAACUGGUUACCAACUUAAUUAGAACCGUAAAAAGUAAUUGUCAUACCUGUGGUACACUGUCUGAUAUACCACGAUUUUCAACCAAUCAGCUUUCAGGGCUCAAACCACCCAGUUUAUAAUUGUAAAUAAAUCCUGUUUGCGCAUGUACAUAACUAUAGAUAAAUCCGACAGGAGAGUUUGAGUGAUGAAAGUUGGACAGAGGAUCUUGAAAUCUCUGUGCAAGAAACACUUAGGUGAACUUUGAAAAAAAUGAAUGUUAGGCGGACAUGGCAACCCUGCGUACACCCCUUGGGGUCCCCAGGACUGAGUUUGGGAAAGGCUGCCCUAGAACCUUCAGACACAGAUAAACACACAUACACAGAUCUGAACAGCUGCGUCAGAGGCUGUAUUGGGCCGGAGGGCGCAGAGGAAAGGAGCAUUCUGAUUGGCUCUUUCUGGCAGGCGAGAGAUGGGUAUUCUUAUUGGCUGGUUGCUCAGCCACAUGUGAUCCAAUUGGGGUCCAGAGAUUCAGUCACGUCUGUCAGAUUUUGUUGGAUUCCAAUGGAUUACUUGUACUCUCGCUCUCUGUCCCUCCCUCUCUCUAACUAUAGACCCUGUGUAUAUUAAUUUGUGUUGUGUGUGAGUCUAUUCUUCAGGCUCUUUAAUCCCUGGAUGGCCUGACACCACUGGGAGAUAUCAAGAACACAGACUGAAAUCUACUCAUGUUAUGGACACACACACUCGGGGUGAUACUGGCAGAGUGAUUGUAUGGACAGUUACAGCACUAAGCCGACUCCCACUCCAAAUGAACUCGAUGCAUUUUUGUCUAGCGAGCAAAUGGAUCUCACAAGCAGAAGGGCCUUAUGUAGUGUAGAAGUGACAUGUGUAUGGACACACACUGUGAGAUACGGGGUAAUGUUACGGACACAGAAACCCUCAGUAUGAUACAGACAGUGACGGGGUGUUGGACUGCAGUACAGUCUGGGCUGUUCCCUGGAUCCAUGGACCAGCAGCAGGGACACCAGAAUGAACAGUUGCCAUGAUGUUGCAUUACGGUUGACAUUCCACCACUUCUGCUCCUUUCAAUUUCUAACUUUGAGAUUGUUGUUUAUUGUUUGUCUACGAUUCCAAAGGCUCCACCCAAGACACAGACUCUUUCCCCCAACCAACCUUAUCCCUUAUACCCUGGGCUUUCUACCAAUAGGAACCACUAGAAUGUGAUCUUCAAUCCAAUGACAAGCACUUAAAUCCAUUGAUAACUGUAAUUUAACCCUAUCCUUCCCCUAGUGCUCCUUGUCCUAACCUUAACAAGCUGCAACCCCAGCCAGGUUCACUUAUUGAAUGAAAUGUUAUAAAGGCUUGAUGUUAGCGUCUUGUGUAUGUUUGCGUGUGUGUGUUCUCUAUGUGCUCAUGUCCAUAAGCGUCCUGUUGUUUGUCAGAUAUAUCUGGAUGAUGUCAUCCAGGUUUUGUACUGUUUUUAGUACAAAAAAAGGUAUAUUACAGCACAAUGUAUUUUAGAAAAUAAACUGUAUACAAAACAAUGUUCACUGUGUAAAACAGCCAUUUGUCUUGAAUUCAGUGAGUUUUUGAAAUGACUACAUAAAAAAGACAAAACAAUGA